AGCACGAGCCACAUAUACACACCGAGCGGCGGAUGCGCCUGCGGACGCCGCCGGUAUUCCCCUGUUGGUAGAAUAAAAGCCAGCGAGUGCUGGUACCGCCAGGGGAUUGGAGCAAUGACUUGUCAGUAAAGUCACCCACCCUCUGAGUAUCUCAGACAGUUAGAAGUGUUUGAGACACAGAGCAAGGCGGCGAGGCACUGGUAUAACUGAUUUAACCAGACCGGGACAGAACGACACUAAAGUGCGAGGGAGAUGGAGGAGGAGAUGCUACCGGCAGACGAGGGUCUCUCUGCGCCCAAAAUCUGCAGGCAGCAGCAGCAGCGGAGUCCGUACAGCUCUCUCAAGACCUUCCCGAGCAAACGCGCGGCGGGCAAGGCGAGAUACGACAGACCCACAAUGGUGGACAUUCCGCAGCUCGGAGACCAUCCUCAAGCUCUCAGUCAUCAGCAGCAGCAGUAUUCACAGCGCGUACCGCUUCCGCAAGCGUCCCUCUCCAUCAGCAGCAGACCACAGCACCGUUUCCCCUGCGAAAUCAGGCCCAGCAGCAGAGUCGCGACACCCAGCGCGGCAUCAGCGGGGAGCGCCGCAGCGGCAUCGUUUGGCAGCCAGAGGAGGGUCGCCCAUCAGGAGGCACCCGGCAGAUACCCGGCGGGUCGCCACCAGUCUCCAGACUGCACCUAUGGAAUAAGCUCAGAAAACCGCCUUAUAUUGGAUGCUUUUGCCCAGCAGUGCAGUCGAGUGCUCAGCCUCCUCAACAGCAACGGGCGGCUCCUUGAGCCCCAGCCUUCCCUCGUCCCUCCAUCCUCUUCCAUCUCCGCUCUCAUAAAACAGGAGGACAGCUGCUUGUCUCCAGGAGAGAGGCUCAGUUCUAAGACCCGGUCAGAGGACUCAUGCCUGGAGAACACCGGUGAGGAGACCCAACGGGGCAACCACUGGAACCAGCAGCAGACUUCCGCUUUCCUCCGGAUUUUCACAGAGUCGCUUCAGAACUACCUGCUCUCCGGACCCCAGUCAUCAGACAGUGAACGGUGUCGCCCGGUAGAGGCUGAGCCGGCAGCAUCAGGGUCCCCGAGGCAGAACUUAGGCGGCUGGGCUUCUCCAGCACCUUCUGAGUCGUACGGACACCCCUCGUCCACACUGCCUGAGGAAGAUGAGGAGGAAGGCUGCUGUCCACGCUGUAUGGAGCUGGAACAGGAAGUUCUUAGUCUACAGCAGGAAAACGAGGAACUGAGACACAAACUGGACAAUAUACCAGCUCCUUGCCAGAAUGUUCUGGACUUUUUUAAGACUGUUCUUCAGCACUACAACCAAUUUGUGCAGCCCCAGCCUGAAGAGCAGCUUACCGAGGGCAGUAAACAGCUUCUGGGGAACUAUCCUCUCUUCAUCACCAAUAAGCAGUGGGACGAGGCAGUCAACUCCUCAAAAAAAGAUGGCCGGCGGCUCCUGCGUUACCUUAUCCGGUUCGUGUUCACCACAGAUGAGCUGAAAUACUCAUGCGGUCUGGGGAAGAGGAAACGUUCGGUACACACAGGGGAGCCGGUGCCGGAGAGAAGACCUCUCAACCCCGUCAAGGUCACUUGUCUCAGAGAGUUUAUCCGGAUGCACUGUGCUUCUAAUCCUGACUGGUGGAUGCCCUCUGAGGAGCAGAUAAACAAAGUCUUCAGCGAUGCAGUAGGGCACGCGCGGCAGGGCCGGGCUGUAGGCACUUUCCUGGGGAACGGGGGCAGCGGUAGCAGCAGCAGUGGUAGUUUAUACAUGGAGAGCUACGACGGGCAGCUCUCUCAGGAUGAGCUCUAUCUGAAGGGCUCACAGAAUGGUUUGGGGGACUAAAGAAGAAAAAUACGUCCAAAUCAUGGAUCAAGCCCUCCGGAUCGGCUCAUUCAGAAGUUGCAGCACUUACAUGAUCUUAACGUGGUUUGUGUAUGAAAAUAAUCCUUGUUCCUUCCUGUCAAAACAUUCCAGGGCGUUCACACCUACCCACUAAAUAACGUGGGAUUCUUCCAUGCUAUAUUGUUUAAAUGGUUAGUAGUCACUAGGCAGCAGAGUUGGUUGAAUUCUACACAAUAUCAGGUUUAUUAUGCGCUCCAUUUCCUAAUUUGUUCCAUCGAAUGUCAUUAAGAAUGUGAUCUACUAUAGCAACAUGAAUGUAUCCAUUUUACUGCAUCGUAAAUAAUAAGGAGAGCUUCCUUUCUUGUCAGAUUGGUCAGAUGUUCAUACAGACAGCCUGCAAAUGAGGUGCUAAUAUGAUUUUCUGUUAUUCUUUCUGAUAUGGUUAAAUUUAAAGUGCUGCCCUCUAUUUUAUCAUAUGAUGUUGAAUAAUCAGUGAUGUUUAUAAAAAAAAAAAACUGUGAUGUUGCAAAAUCAUUUUCAAAGUGGCUGCAAGAUGAAAUUACUGAACUCUACAAUUUGUCCGUGUCUGUGACUGUGGAGAUACAGUAAGUCUGUAAUAUAGUGUGUUGGGUGGCUUCCUAAUCUUUCCUCUGAUCCAAUAAGGAAGCGAUGUUGUUCGUAAUUUGUGUUGCUGCUUCUUGAUUCUAGUUCGUUAAGCACUACAAAGAUCAUGUUUAAAGGAUCAACCCCACUUCAUUUAUUCUACCACAUGAUAAUAUUCUGUGUGACUGCAUAAGAGACUAAAUGAAAUGCCUUAAAAAGAGACACCAUCUACCACUAAGAACUACAAAUACUGCCAAUUUCAGACUGUUGUUUAUCUCUUGGUGUUCCUGUUACAUUAGUGGCCUCUGGCUGUUUGGGUUUUCAAACAAAAGAAAAAUGUGUUUGAAAACGGACCAUCUUUCUUUAAUGCCUUAGACAAAGUCUCUGUCUGUGAAAUGUUUAUACAUGCAGGUCAUUGUGUAAUGUCUGGUAGAAUUCAGUCAAAUGUCAUUUAACUACUAAUUUUGAAUUCAUUCUCCACGGCGCUUCAUCAGACGUCUGAUGGUGGGGAGUCCCUAACAUUUAAACCUGUCACACAGCAUAAAAACUUGUGAUCGUUAAGGCUGUUUCAUAUCUGAAGAUCUGUGGCCUCAUUAUUCUGUUUUUAAUGGCUUCUGUAUCGCCCAAGUUCAUGUUCAGGUUUAAAAGUCAGCAAUUCCUAAACAUUAAACAGCUGAUGAAGUUGUGUCAGAGUGGUAUAAAGACUUCAAAGUAAGUUACCAAGUUGCUGUUGCCUUUGACUACCAGACAUACAAAAGCCACUGUUGUUGUGAUGUGUAGCCUGUUGUGAUUGUACAAAUCCAUGGUAAUUGGAAAUUGUUAGUCCUCUAGUCUAUUCAAAGAACGUGUCAACACUGUGAACCCCGCCAAAAGUGAUGAGACUGUUUUUCCUCUUACUUAUUAAUGAUAUUUUCUUUUCAAACAGAAGAUGCAUUUAUGUAAUGUGGACAAAAAUGAGAAAAGACAAAAUAAGUGAUCCAGACAAUGCCAUCUGUGUUGUGUUUCAAUAGUAGCUGCUCUAUUAAUUCCAGACGUUGAACAAUAGAUGGAAGUAGACAACAAUAAAGCCACUGCAACGUUUCUUUGUGAAACCAAUUCAAAGGCUGUCAAAUUCACUCCAUUGUGAAUAAUUGCAGAUGUCUGCGGAGUGAAUGUGAGUAUACUUUAUGAAAUCAUUCGGAUGCAGCAUAUUAGCCUAUUUAUAAUAAACA